UUCUUGCCAGAGAUACUAUUCGUGAACUGCCAGUGGAUUGUGUUCUGCUAGCUUGGCGUUCUAGUGGGCAACAUGGCUGAUACAUUGAUUGAUUUGGAGAUGGCACCAACAGAAAGUGCACCGGAAAUUGUAGAUCAUAAUGAAGAGGAGUUGGCAGAGAUCAAAAAGGAAACGGGCAAUCAAUUAUACAAAACAAAAAAGUACAUACAAGCCAUUCCGUACUAUACAGAAGCAAUAGAACUGUGUCCUGAUUCGCCAUCAUACUAUGGGAAUCGCUCUGCUUGUUACAUGAUGCUACAUCAGUAUAAGGAGGCUCUAGAAGAUGCCAGGAAAUCAGUUCUUCUGGAUCCAAGAUUUGUUAAAGGCUAUAUACGAAUUGCAAAGUGCAGCCUUGCCCUUGGAGACAUUACUGCUGCAGAAAAUGCCAUUUCAUUUGUUAACGAGCUGGAGCCUGCUAACACUGCAAUAUUACCUGAGAAAAAAAAAAUUGAAGUUGUUCGAAGAUUUGAAGAAGAAGCAAAGAAAGCUUAUUUGAAAAAUGACUACAGAAAGGUUGUGUACUGCAUGGACCGUAUGCUGGAGCAAGUGCCUUGCAGUCUGUACAAAUUGCAGAGAGCUGAGUGUCUUGCCCUGAUAGGAAGAUAUCAGGAAGCUCAAGAAGUUGCAAAUGACAUACUGCAUUUUGAUAAACAGAAUGCAGAUGCAAUAUAUGUUAGAGGAAUGUGUUUGUACUACCAGGAUAAUGUGGAGAAAGCAUUCAGCCAUUUUCAGCAUGUUCUUAAACUGGCACCAGACCACACAAAAGCAAUGGAUAUUUAUAAGAAAGCCAAGUUGCUAAAACAGAAAAAAGAGGAAGGUAAUGAAGCAUUCAAAUCAAAUAAACUAGCAGAAGCUUAUGCGUUGUACACAGAAGCACUGAAAAUUGACCCAUACAAUAACUCUACAAAUGCAAAAUUGUAUUUUAACCGUGCAACAGUGUGUUCAAAGCUUGGGAGGUUAAAUGAGUCUGUAGCAGAUUGCACAGCAGCACUGUCAUUGGAUCCUAAUUACUUAAAGGCUCUGCUACGAAGAGCGAAGAACUAUAUGGAACUAGGUGAAUAUGAAGAUGCAGUACGUGAUUAUGAAAAUGUUUGCAAAAUGGAUAAAAGCAGAGAGAACAGAAGACUAUUACAAGAAGCCAAAUUAGCUCUUAAAAAAUCCAAACGUAAAGACUACUACAAAAUACUGGGCAUUGACAAGAACGCAUCCACAGAUGAAAUAAAGAAAGCUUAUCGCAAAAGAGCUUUGGUUCAUCAUCCAGAUCGUCAUGCAAGUGCUUCAAGUGAUGAGAAAAAAGAACAAGAAAAGAAAUUCAAGGAAGUUGGAGAAGCAUAUGGAAUACUCUCAGAUCCAAAGAAGAGAGCAAGAUAUGACAAUGGCCAAGAUUUAGAAGACCUUGAAGGAAUGGGGAGUGAGGUGGAUCCCUCAACUGUGUUCCAAGCCUUCUUUGGCGAUCAGUACAGCUUUGGAAAUGGAGGAUUUACGUUCCAGUUUGGUUGAGUUGGAUUUCGUGUUACAAUUAUACUUGCAACAUUCCACCCACAGUUUCACUCCUCUUCUUCCAAAUUUUAUUUCUUUGACUUUAAAAGUUACAUACCAAUAAAUGUUUCCUGUGUUCGUUAGAAAAAAAAAUCAUUUUUCUUUGACAAAAAUAUUAAGUUUAAAAACUUAAUAUUCACUAAAUAUAUUCAGCAUUGCUAACUGAAUUAAAAUAUUAUUAGUAGUGAUCAUCUGUUAUCUUUACUAAGUAUUGGUGGCCUUUCUUACUUGCUUAAUUGUGGUUUAAAAUGGAUGUUGAUGCCAAAAAUAAAAGACUACUGACUGUGUGAUCUCAGUACCACUGCAAUAAUUAGAGAUGUAAGUAAUGUAAACUGCAUUACAUUUUGAUUAGUACAGUACUAGAUUUUAUAAACCUACUAACCGAUCCCAGCCAUUAUCGUGUGCAGUAUAUGUGUCUCUGCAGACUGUGCCAUUAAUAUUUUGUGAUUAGUUGUCUAUUAAAGUCAUAACAAGUCUUACAAAGAGGUAAGUUCAAUUUCUCACUGGGUCAGUGGUCUUGAGAACUUUUAAGAACAGUCUUUGUAUCAUAGAAAACUACAUAUAAUAAAAUAACAGCAUAAUACAUGGUGGUAUUUGUCAUAAUCCAUGUAGAUCCAGAAUACUGUCUGCAAUGAUUCAUCAAACUUAAAAAAAAUCCUUACCAGUAUAAAAUGUUUUUUUGUAUGUCAAGCAUGAUCACCUUUGUGCCAGAAAUUGUCUUAUUUAGACAAGCUGGACUCAGUGUUACUGUUAAACUAUUUUUGCUUUAUGUUAGCACAUUCAAUAAGUCAGUUGAACAUUUUAAAUACUUGUGUCAAUAACAGUAAGCUGUAUGGCUGCUGUAGAAUCCCUUUAUUUUGUAAUUGUGUGCGGGAGUGAAGGAACUAAGUGUAUGAGAUGUAGUUUCUGAAGAUAUGCAUGUGCCAUGUGCUGCUGUGCUGUUUAACAAUUUCUUUGAACAUUUUAACACCUUUGCUUCAUUUUCUUGCUAUCAUAAAUUACAUUUUCAGAAGUAGUGUAUUUGUACUGAACUUCCAUUGUACUAUAAUUGUUGUGAAGAAACCAUUCUGGUAUAAAAUUUUGUCUUUGAAAGGAUCCAGAAUACAUCACAUGUUCAAAUUUGGAAUGAAUGACUCUGGCAACUGCCAUAAAUGUUAAAAAUGAUUCCAAAAUUUUGUGAUACAAAGCCAACUAAAUGUGACAUUAAUUUUUCUUCGUUUGUUACUCAGAAGGUGCUGUUUCUAUGUUUGUAGUCUUGAUCCUAACAAUGUUAUCUUACAGCAGAGAAUAGUUGUAAUGCUGCAGCCAGU